ACAAAAUGUCAUAGAAGCUAUUUGUUUAUAGGAAGAAAAAUUGAUAGGUUAAAUUUUUUUCUUCAUGUGAUAUUGCGUAUAUAAUAUUUUCUAAAAAUUGAUAAAAGAACAGCUAAGCACUUGUUAUAACAACAACAUUCAAGCUCUGUAAAAAAAAAAAAAAAAAAACAUUCAAGCUGCAUAUUUUUAGCCUUUCAUAAUUAUUUGUGUAAUAGCGUGUGAUUAAACUACAUUACUUAUACAAAAAAGCUUAAUUAUAUUUAGAAAACUUCAUCACAAAAAUGGCCUGUCAUUUGCUCCGUUCUCUUUUGUUGAUCUUUGCUUGAAGGAAAAAAAAAACAACCACCUCGUAGAAAAAUUAAGGAAAAAAAAGUAGGAGAAAGAAGACAACAAAAACCCCUUCACUUGUUGAUAUAUGAACCUUAGGAAUUGGUGAAAUGGCAGGAGAUAAUGAAUUUAAUGUCAAAGAAAGGAAGAAAGAGAGGGUAGCAGUUUUAGGGGUAUUUUCUGUAAUGUUGUUAGCAAUGGUUGUGGCCGUGACAGUUGGUAUAAAAGGCACCGGUCAUACUGAUACAUCGUAUGAAGAGGAAGAGGAUGAUGAUGGCUUGGCGACGUCGUCGAAGGCGGUCCGAUCCAUAUGCCAAAUGGUUGAGUAUCAACGUGCCUGUGAAAGAACCCUUGCUCACGCCCACACCACGAACCCUAAGAAGCUUGUUCAGACCACUUUCAACGCUGCAAUGGAAAAGCUUGAAGGUGCCUUGACCAAUUCUAGUACCAUCAAGGCAGCAAAGGAUGAUCGUAGGAAUGCAGGAGCAUUGGAAACAUGUAAACAAGUGGUAGAGUAUGCAAUUACAGAUCUUAAAAGAUCAAUAGACCAAAUGGAUCAUUUUGAUAUGCAUAAGAAGGAGGAGCAUGUUGAGAACAUGAGGAUUUGGCUAAGUGGAGCCAUGACAUCCCAGGAGACUUGUAUCGAGGCAUUCCAAAAUACCACCGGUGAUGCCGGGGAAAAGAUGAAGCUAUUUUUGAAUGCUUCACGAGAACUUACCAGUAAUGGCCUCGACGUAGCAACAGAGCUCUCUACCGGUUUUAAGUCUUUGAAUAUAUCUCACCAAAAUCACAAGCACAAGCGGAUGCUUCUCGAGGAACAAGGCGAGGCUAAAAACAAAGAGGAGAUUCCACAUUGGGUAGAUACAAAGCAGCAAAAGCUCCUUCAUGCGAGAGGACCAAAUGUGAAGGCAGAUGUAGUGGUAGCUAAAGAUGGGAGCGGCAACUUCAAAACCAUAACAGAGGCCUUAAAGCAAGCACCCAUUAUAGAUGCAACAAAGGUGGAAAAAGGUACAAAUAAAACGUUUGUGAUUUACAUUAAGGAAGGUGUUUAUGAGGAAGAAGUUCAAGUGGAGGCAAAUAUGUGGUUUAUUAUGUUGAUUGGUGAUGGACCUACUAAGACUAAAAUCACUGGGAAGAAGAACUUUGCUGAUGGUUUUGUCCUCUUCAAAACCGCAACUGUCUCAAUAUUUGGGCACAAUUUUAUUGCCAAGGACAUCGGAUUCGAGAACUCAGCUGGUGCAGAAAAGCACCAAGCAAUAGCUCUCUUAGUCCAAUCUGACAAGUCAGUUUUCUAUAAUUGCCAUAUAAACGGUUACCAAGACACUUUGUAUGCCCAUAGCUAUCGACAAUUUUAUCGACAUUGCACCGUUUCGGGCACCAUCGACUUCAUCUUUGGUAACGCUGCUGCCGUGUUCCAAAAUUGCAAGCUUGUAAUUCGCAAGCCUUUAGAAGAUGAAGGAUGUGUUAUAACUGCCCAAGCUCGACAACAUGUGAGAGAGCCAACAGGGUUCGUCCUACAAAAUUGUACCAUUAUGGCUGAUCCAUUGUACUACCCACUUCGCCUAAAGAGCAAAGCCUUCUUGGGACAUCCAUGGAAGAAGUUUUCUCGAACGAUAAUCAUGCAAUCUUUCUUACCCGACUCGAUAGCUCCUGAAGGGUGGAAACCAUGGAUGGGGACAUUUGGGCAAAGUAGUUGCUUUUUUAGUGAGUAUGAGAAUAGAGGUCCUGGUGCAACAUUGCUAGGUCGAGUUAAGUGGCCUGGGAUUAAGAAGAUUACUCCACAACAUGCUGAUGGAUUUACACCUAGCAAAUUUUAUCAAGGUAAUCAUUGGAUUAUUCCUACUGGAGUACCUUAUGAGCCUGGGAUGAUGCAUACAUAGAAUUAGCUACAAAAAAAUUAAGAUGGUGAUCAAAGCUUAUUGAUAGGUAGAUCUAGUUUAGUAGUGUAUAUAAUAAUGUAAUGAUUGUAAAUUAAAGAUUUGAAUUAAAUGUUUAAAACCUAAGUGUUACUAUUAUCUUCUUCUUUUCGUAAUAAUUUGUUCAUUUUCUAUCAUUAAU